AGUUGCCAUUACAACAAAGAAAUUUUUUGGUUUUGUUUGCAUACAUUUUGUUUUGACAGACACUAUUUAAGAUAAUUUUAGAAAUUGCAAAUAAAGGCAUAAUAUUAAUGAUUUUCUAUAAUAGAAUGUGUAUAGAUUAAUAAAUUUUGAGUUAUACAAGUAAUUUACUGAGCAAUAAAAAUCAGUUGUGCCGUGACGGAACUCUAAUGCCAGAGAGGAAACGAGACAAAUUUGGUGAUAAGCUAAAAAACAUAGAACGAAUAUAAGCCGAAAGCGUAAUGAGUCAAAAUGCACAGAAGGAUGGAGAAUGCAUUAUCUCCUUACCAUUGGGCGGAAUUAAGGGGCGAGAAUCCAAAACUAUCUACGAUCAGAAAUUUUUUAGUUUCGAGGGUAUACCUUAUGCGCAACCACCAUUAGGCGAGUUGCGUUUCCGUGCGCCAGCGCAGGUCGAACCAUGGAAAGGCGUUAAGGACUGUACGAAAUGCGCUAGCAAGCCGUUACAGUUAAAUCCAGUCAAUGAGAGCAUAGAAGGGUCCGAAGAUUGUCUUUACCUAAAUGUCUAUGCAAAACGCCUAAAUUCGGAAAAACCACUGCCUGUUCUGGUAUUUAUACCCGGCGGGUCUUUUCGUGCAGGCGGCGCCAGAAGAGAAACUUUGGGUCCCGACUACUUUAUGAAUGAAGAUGUGGUGCUUGUUACCUUUAAUUAUCGACUAUGUGCUUUAGGCUUUCUCAGUCUCGCCGAUCCCUCACUGAGUAUACCUGGAAAUGCUGGUCUCAAGGACCAAGUAUUGGCACUCAAGUGGGUUAAGCAGUACAUAUCGCAUUUCAAUGGCGAUCCUAAGAAUGUUACGGUUUUUGGCUCAAGCGCCGGUGCUGCUUCAACCCACUUGCUGAUGCUCUCUGAGCAAGCCCGUGAUCUCUUCAAACGUGCUAUUGCCAUGUCUGGUUGUGCUCUAAAUUAUUGGGUUAAUAUGCCGCAAACAAAUAUGGCCUACCGUUUGGCGAAAUUCCAUGGAUAUAAUGGCGACAAUAUCGAUGCCAGCGUUUUGCAAUUUCUAAAUAAGCUAGACCCUGCAAAACUGGUUGUGCACUCUUUAUUGAACAAAGACGAACAGCGUAAAUCCUACAUGUUUCCAUUCGGUCCGAUUGUUGAACCAUAUAUAGAAGAGGGUUGCAUUAUACCGGAGCGCCCAUUUAAUAUGCUGAAGAAUGCAUGGAGCAAUAAAAUCUCAAUGAUGAUCGGUGGCACCUCAUUUGAAGGUCUCUUUAUGUACAGUACACUCAAGAGGAAUCCUGAUAUUAUGAAACUUCUAUACAACGAACCGGCAUUAAUACUGCCAGAAGACGUUUACAACUCAAAUACUACAAAAGAAAAUAAGCGAAUGGGCGAACAACUAUUGAAAUUGCAUUUCGGCGAGAAAGAGCCGAAUGAUCACUCGCUACUUCAUUAUUUAGAUAUUUAUAGCUAUAAAAUCUUUUGGCACGACUUCCAUCGUACUAUUUUGGCGCGCUUAAGCUUUGCGCUGGCCCCCACUUUUCUGUAUCGUUUUGGCUUCGACUCACCAGAUUUCAAUCCAAAUCGCAGGCGAUACUCAGAUGAAAAGGUUCGCGGUGCAUCCCAUGGCGAUGACCUGUGCUAUUUAUUCCAUGCACGCGAUGCACGAAAGUUGUAUCCAAACUCGGCCGAAUAUAAAACCAUAAAGCGUAUGAUAAGUAUGUGGACGACAUAUGCCACUACUGGUGAUCCCGAUUCGCAAACAACGGAUCCGAUUAUUUGGGACGCCGUAACGAAGUAUUACAAUCUGCGGGGAGUUAAUAUUGGUCAACACUUGGAAUUCAAAACGAUUCCAGAAGUAGACAAGUUGGAAGCGUGGGCGAAGUUAUAUAAGAGCCCAGAGCAAUUGUGUGGCGCCCACAAAGUAGAAGAUUAUAAUUGGGGCGAUCCAUUACCUACAAUCUAGUGAAAAUGUUAUACAUACAUACACAUACUGGAGGACAGGUUGAUAGCUCUAUCCUGAGCCAGUAGUAAAUGCUUUCAUUUUUAUGGAUCUUCAUAUCUGCCCGAAAAUGUCUUAGAAUAUUAAAACUUAUUUUAUAUCUCAGUGAAAUAUUAUUUAAAAAUGUUAAUUGAAGGUAGCGUAUCAUAAAUUACUUACAUACCGAUACAAUUGCUUAACAAACUGUCAAAAAAGCACAGGUACUUUUUAGGAUGGACAAUUAAGACAAUUAAUUAUAUAUUUUCUGAACUAUUAUUGAACAUAACAUUAAUCAACCGAA